UGUUGAAAACAAAAGUGAAAGUAAAGAGGAGUUGACGCAUGAUCAAAUAGCCAAAUAUGACAAUAAAGAGAAGAACUGAAAAUAAUACUUGAUGUUUAUGAGAUUUAAAGAGAAUUAUCUUAAAAGACGUGGGAAUGUUAAACACAAGAGCAUUUGGGUUAUUUCUUCUGCUGUAUCCAAAGAUCAUCGAGAUGUGGACAGACUACAAUGCAGUCAAUGUCCUGGCCUAUACUCGAGUAAUGGGAAAUGGCUCGAUGGAUCAAGCAGUGGUUGUUUUGGUCAAUGAGGCCAUAUUUGCACAGAAACAAACAUUUGUUCUACGUCCAAGUGCAAGCGCAGGGUUCUCGGUCCUGGAGAAGCGUGACAGCACCUUCUGCCUGACAGAGGUCAUAAAGGGAUUCCCUCGCCAAGAGAAAUAUGUGAAGAAGCUUAAAGAGGAGACACGAUCAAAGCCCCGUUUAGCACGCCCUUCCAUUCAAGUGUAUACUGAGUUUCCUGAGGAGAAGGGGAAAGCAAACACCUUUUACUGCUAUGCAACUCACUUCUAUCCUGGUGACAUUGAAAUGAAUCUUUUUGUAAAUGGCCAGAUUGUGAAGGGAGAAACAUCUGAUUUAACGUACGGAAAAGACUGGACUUUUAGAGUAUACAAGUAUGUGACUAUCACCCCAGAGCCUGGAGAUGAGUAUAUAUGUGAAGUGAAACAUAGCAGUAUGGCAGAAGCCAAAGUUAUUAUGUGGAGGCCUGACUUUUCUGAAUAUGUAUCACAUCCUUACUGGGCUUAUGCACUGUCUCUAGGCAUUCUUCUGGGAAUAACUGUAUGUGUCAUUUAUCUAAUUAGAAAACGGCAUUCCCAAAUAUAGUGGUCUUUAAAGAAACAUCACUGCAGUAUCUGUGUGCAGUACCUGUGAGAGUUUUCAGGCACUAUAAAAUACUGAGAAUCACAUCUUAAACAUUUGUGAUUAUUUUUAUCUAAUGGAGAAAAAUAUUUUUUUGUAAUUUGUUUAAAUUUUGGCUGUAACCUGGAAUGGAUGUAAAUGUCAGUGUAACUUUCCCUUUAUUUUUCCAUACACAAAUUUUAGUGCCAGUGUUACAUUUUUUUUUUAUUGCAUUACCCAUACUGAACAUAUGGUGGCAGCAAAAUUACACAUUUUUACACACAAUUAACUUUGUAAAUAUUUCUCUUUAUAAUAUAGUCUUGUAAAUAUUUUAGGAAUUUCAUGUGUACCUUUUGCUUUAAAUGUAUAUUAACAUGUUUUAUAUAAUGUUUAGAAAGUGUACAUUAAACUGGAUCUUCCCUACUGAUAAGACCAGCUAUCAGUCUUAACUCUCCGCCCGGCUUGGUAAUCUGUUUUUAUGUGAAUCAAACAUGUUUUAGUAAUCCUUCACAACAUGAUCAUGAUAUACGGUUAAUCUUGAGCAGGUAACUUUAUUUACAUUUGUCUAAAUGAACCGAUUCAAAGAAACGACUCCCGCACCGAGUCAGUAUGUAAAUAAUUCUCCGAGUGUCAUUUACGUGAUAUUCUUGGAAAUAAAAUAUUUAUUUUUCAAUAUAAUGCUAUAGACUAGACUGUAUAAGAAUGAUAAGAAUUAACAAUGCUGUCAAAAAAAAGAAUAUUCCUCCUUUCAUGGUUUCACCAGUCAGGUAUCCAUAUCACGGUUACCGAAUCGAUUUGAACGAUUCAUUCAGCUCGGUUCAAAAGAAUGACUCAUGAAGGAAUCGGAUAUUAUAACAUUUAUUGCAUUACCCAUACUGAACAUAUCGUGGCAGCAAAAUCAUACGCAUUUUUACAGACACAAUUAACUUGGUAAAUAUUUCUCUUUAUAAAAUAGUCUUGUAAAUAUUUUAGGAAUUUCGUGCUUCGUGUGUACCCUUUGCUUUAAAUGUAUAUUAAAUAUUUUAUAUAUUGUUUAAAAGUGCAGUGCAGUAAUUGAAUCUUCCCUACUGAAAAGACCAGGCUUAACUAGCCUGGCUUGGUUAUAUGUUUUUAUGUGGAUCAAACAUGUUCUAGUAAUCCUUCACAACAUGAUCAUACGGUUAAUCUUAAUAAAGCAGGCAACUUUAUUUACACUUGUUUAAAUGAACCGAUUCAAAGAAACGAC